CUCUGUUGAACUGCUUGUUUUCACUCGUGGACCUGCGUGCUGUCAGAAAAAAUGGCUGGACUAAUGAGGAGAAUUAUUAGCACAACUAAAGCUCCUGCUGCUAUCGGCCCAUACAGCCAAGCCGUGGUGGUUGAUCGGACCAUGUAUAUAUCAGGACAGCUGGGGAUGGAUCCAGCCAGUGGAAAGCUGGUGGAGGGUGGUGUUCAAGCUCAAACCAGACAGGCUCUUGUGAAUAUGGGUGAAAUCCUUGAAGCUGCUGGAUGCGGUUAUGAGAAUGUUGUCAAAACCACAGUGCUCUUAGCUGACAUGAAUGACUUCAACAAUGUCAAUGAUGUUUACAAGCAGUUUUUCAGUGCUAACUUUCCAGCCAGAGCUGCUUAUCAGGUUGCUGCUCUCCCCAGAGGAGGACUGGUGGAGAUCGAAGCCGUUGCUGUUUUGGGCCCUCUGACUGAUGCUUUUUAACAGUCACAUCUUAAAAAACUGAAACACAAGCACAGAAAAAGAUUAGAUGAUUGUUUUUUUUUGUUUGUUUGUUUUUUUUUUUUUUUUUGCAGAGCAAACAAGAACUAAUAAAAGAUGAUCUUUGUAAUUUCUUGUAGAUAUUAUUCUGAAGGCCAGUAAUUGAUGUGUUGGUGGUAUAAAUUCGUAGCAUCGUCACUAGCAGCAGUCGGGCUCUGAGCACUUUCCCUUCUCAUUAACAUUGAUGAGACGUGUUUGGAGACAACGCUGCAUUUUCAUCUCCUCCUGCUCACGUUUCACUUACAAUAGCUGUUAAAUAUCUAAGCCUGUUUGUUGGCUUGAAUUACACCAUCAGCCGGUACAGCCCCCAGCCAUACCCCCAUCACGUCUUUGUCUUCUUUCAUGAUUCAUUAUCAGAAAUAACUUAAUAAAUACUUUAAACUUUCCUAAAUUGUGAUUUUUUUGUUUUGGCAUUAAACAGUCCUUGCAGAUGAGUUAAGCAAGCACUUUGCAUGUUUAUUAUGGUAUAUAUGUGUUAAUGACCUCUGGGUGAAGCGGCAGGUGGUUUACGGAAGAUUAGAUGACAGAAGCAAAGGGAGUUCGUAAAAGAUAAAGUUGGGAUUAAAAGGUAACAUAA